AUGAGCUUGACAAUUGAAGAUUUGCGACCUGAGAAGAUGGACGGCACGUCUCCAAUCUUGAAAUUUCCAGUAUCACCAGGUUGUUUUCAUCCAACUCGAGUCAAGCGACAGGAGUAUCUUGAUAUUGUACGAGAGCGUGUAAAAGUUCUACUUGCUGACGAUCAACAGUAUACCAAGCGUCAAGAACAAUUGCUACCACCACUCGACCCGACCAAGUGGAAAGAGAUGCAAAAGAGUAAGGAGAUUCGCUUUUUCAAACGAGUUCCAGGAGGUCAAACACUGCUUCAAAUGACGAGUGAAGAACCUUUUUCCAAUGUUCGACAAGCAAUCGAGAAUGGAUAUUCAAGCGUGAUUUGCAAUGGACAAGUGCGAGGGUCGAUGGAGGACAUGAUGUACGGAAUGACUGCGUCCUCGCAAGAGGAUUUGAUGACAGGUCUCUGGUACAAACAUCCUCCUCGAGACUGCGUCUGGCUAGGUUCGGUCGAAAAAUCAACACCUGAAGACCCGUUUCGUUCAGCCGACUUUAUUUGGGCAUUCCCCAGACUACUACCAUAUCAUGUCGAUAUCUGCUACCUCAAAGCUACAGGUAUUGGAAAAGACCAAGACGGAAAGAGCUACGGCUACUUGGUGCUUCAUUCUAUCGAGAUACCACAUUGUCGUCCUUUUGAAGCUCGGAAAAUCUCUCGAGCUAAAUUGUACUUCACGUGCUUGUUUCGAGAAACAAAACCGGGAUAUCUGAACGUGACAAUACGCGGCAUCUUUGACUUGGGAAAAAGACGUGGAAAUAUUGCAAAGAAACUAGUGACGGCUGCAACCAAGUCCUUCAUGGUCAGCCUUCUUGAUGGUGUUGAAAUUGGUUUAGCCAAGAAACUUACUUUCAUGGCACGUCGCAAUCAAGACGCACUUCGAAGUACUAAGCAAUCAGAAUGCUCUAUCUGCUUCAAGACGAAGAAAAAAAUGCUACUCGGCUUGGACACCCACUUGUCCCAAUGCCGCGUAUGCGGAGUUACGGUGUGCUCUAAUUGCAUUGCCAACAGUAACCAGAUUCUUUUUCUGGGUUUGGAUGCUCCGUGCUCGAAACAUUCGUGCUGUUUGACUUGUAUGCGGGACGCGAGAACUUUAUGUGGCGUUCGUCCCGAGUUACCAGAGUUUCAAGUCAUUGCCGAAUACUACCUCAGACGCCAAUCCCGAUCAGCAUCCACUUUGAGCAGUCCUCAAUUUUCGUCGGCCCAGGCAUACCCGCUUGAUACCGUCACUCGUUAUCGCAGAAGCGGUCGACAUCAAUCUGCGACGAAAAGUACUGGGUCAGUAAAUAUGCAGACUAACUCCACAGCUGCCGAUAGUUUGGACAUCGACCUAUUCUCGGAAGAGCUGGAUGGAGCAUACUUUUGUUCUAGUGAUGAGGAGUCCACCAAGUCUAUUGUAGCGCAACCUGGUCCUAGUCCGAACAUGUCAGAUGACCCCGAGAGAAGCACACUUACGGUCUGGAAAACGCGCCGUCAAGUAGAUGAUGGCGACUUUGUUCCGGCUGGUGUACGAAAACGUUCGGAGAUCGAGAUGUUUCAUCGUACACUUGUCCAACUUAACAUCGCGGCCGAGAACACGUACAUACAGACGCAGACUACAACAAGGAGACUACUUGAAGACGAUCUCGACUGA